CUGCGUUUCUGUUCGCCUGGGUCUGCCCAGCCCAGCAGCCAGGGAAGGCGCCGCUUUGCAGGGGUGGCCCCGGGCAGCGCUUUCCCCGACGUCUCCCACAACGAGCCCCUGCUGCGGCGGCUGGAGACCUGGCGCCCCGAGCCGCGGCCGCCGCCGCUUUCCCAGCCACGGCGGCGGUCCCCGCUGCCGCGACCCCGGCUGGAGGACGGGCGGCGACGAUCCAGCCCCCCGCCGCCCGGGGACCGCUCGGCCAGCCCGCCCCCUCCCUGCGCUCGCCCGGCGGCGGCUGGGGACGUUCGCCAGGGUCCCUGACCCCGCCUUCGAAGUGCUGGCCGGCGGGGCUCGCCGGGCUCGGCGCCGGGGAGCCGCCGAACCCUCCCGCAGCGCCUGGGCCGGGGGCCGCAGCCGCUCUUCCGUCCGAGGCCCCGGGAGCGGCCGGGGAUCCCCUCGCGGCGCCAGCGGGGAUCCGGGCGUCUCUCCUCCCGGCGAGCUCCAGCCCCCGGCCCCGGCGAGCGGGAUGGGCAGCCCGGGCGAGCCGCUGCGAGGAUCCCUGACCUGCCGUGCAGAAACAUUUGCCAUGUAAAGUUCCCAGCCCCCACGUGCCCCCAACGGACCCAGAUGUUGGUGUGGACUCAGAGCUGCAGAACAGUGAGUGCAUGGGAGAAUGGUAGUGCGACCAUAAGAUCAUGCUCUACACAAUGACAUGUUGGCUUCCAGUCCUGGGCCUCCAUUGGAUUCUUCUGAGCACAGCCCAGGUGGCGGCCUGCCCGGCUCGCUGCGAGUGCGCUCCUCAGAUCAAGUCCGUGGUGUGUCAUCGCAAACGCCUCAGCUCCAUCCCCGAGGGGAUCCCCACCGAGACCAAGAUCCUGGAGCUCAGCAAGAACCGGAUCCGCUGCCUGAAGCCGGGGGACCUGUCCCCUUACCCUUUGCUGGAGGAACUCGAUUUAAGCGAGAACAUCAUCAUCAGUGUGGAGCCUGGGGCCUUCAGCAACCUGUUUAACCUUCAGAUCUUGCGGCUCCGAGGCAACCAACUCAAGCUGAUCCCUUCUGGAGUCUUCACCAAGCUGACCAAUCUCACCCUCCUGGACAUCAGCGAGAACAAAAUAGUCAUCCUGCUGGACUACAUGUUCCAGGACCUGAGGAACCUGAAGAACCUGGAGGUGGGAGACAACGAGUUGGUGUACAUCUCCCAAAGGGCUUUCUCUGGCCUCCUAGGCCUGGAGCAGCUGACCAUAGAGAAAUGCAACCUGACGGCCCUCUCGGCCGAAUCCCUCUCCUACCUCCAAAACCUGGAGGUCCUGCGGCUCCGACACCUCAGCAUCUCCGCGGUGGAAGAUGGGAACUUCAAGAAGCUCUACAAUCUCCUGCAGCUGGAGAUCAACAACUGGCCACUGCUGGAGGACAUCUCGCCCACCAGCUUCCAGGGCCUGAACCUCACCUCGCUCUCCAUCACCUACACCAACAUCACGGGAGUGCCCACGGCCGCCUUGAGGAACCUGGUGUACCUCAUGUACCUGAACUUGUCUUAUAACCCCAUCAGCACUGUGCCCAAGGGCUCCUUCAAGGACCUCAUCAGGCUGCGAGAGCUCCACAUGGUGGGGGCUUUCUUGGUGUCCGUGGAGCCUCAAGCAUUCUCUGGCUUGAGGCAAAUCCGCCUCCUCAACCUCUCCAACAAUUUCCUUUCCACCCUGGAGGAGAGCACCUUCCAUUCAGUGAACACGCUGGAGACGCUGCGCGUGGACAGGAACCCACUGGCCUGUGACUGCCGCCUCCUCUGGAUCCUACAGCGCCGCAAGACGCUCAACUUCGACGGGCAGCAGCCCAUGUGCUCCUCACCCCCUGAGAUCCAGGGCAACGCCCUGCGUGACUUCCCGGACUCCAUACUCUUUGAGUACUUCACCUGCCAAAAGCCCAAAAUCAGAGACCGAAAGUUGCAGCACAUAACAGCUCGUGAAGGGCAAUCUGUCUCCUUCCUCUGCCGUGCAGACGGAGAGCCCGUUCCUGCCAUCAUCUGGGUCUCCCCUCAGCACAGGAUGAUCACCACCAAGAGCACUGGACGAGCCACCGUCCUGCCCGGGGGCACGUUGGAAAUCCGCUUUGCCCAGGUCCAAGACAGUGGCACCUACAUUUGCAUCGCUAGCAAUGCCGGAGGCAAUGACACCUACUUUGCCACCUUGACGGUCAAGGGGCAUCCCGUGGACGGCUCCCUUUAUGCAAACCGGACCUUGUACCUCAGCGAGUUCAACGACACCUUCCACAACAACACGCAAGUCUUCUUAAAGUUUACAUUGGACCUCAAGACCAUCCUGGUCUCCACAGCCAUGGGCUGCAUCACCUUCCUUGGGGUCGUGCUCUUCUGCUUCCUGCUCCUCUUUGUGUGGAGCCGGGGGCGGGGACAGCACAAAAACAACUUCACCGUGGAAUACUCCUUCCGCAAAGUGGAUGGCCCCACCACCACCGCCGGGCAGGGCAGCGCCAGGAAGUUCAACAUGAAGAUGAUCUGAGCGGCCCCUGGAGGAGGGUGGUUGCUAGUCCACUGCCUGCUGCCAAAUGGGGCCCUCCAAGGGCCCGGCAGGGGGUAGGAGCAUCCUUCCUUUGUUUUCCAAGUGACCACUUCGUCUGGUCAUGUGGCUUCACUUCUCUGAGGAUCGAGGCGGUAAAACUCGCAGAGGAACCUGGCUGGGACAUUGGCUCGGUUCGACCACAAGGGCUUGGAGGCGACUGGGAGGAGCGAGCAGUUUUCCUCGUUGGCCUUGCCACCCAACUGAACUGAGCAGAAGCAUCACUGGAAAUGGCCCCAGGGACCUCCCAGCAGCUUAUUCCCAUUCUGAGCCCACCCCACCUUCUUUGAACUGUGAGACCCCCCAUAUCCAAGUCCCAGAGAGCAAGAGCAGGCCAAGGAGGCAUGCACAGCCCUUGUGGGUCAGGGCCUCGCGAUGUAGCUAACAUUCUUUUGUAUCAACUAUGCAUUUUUUCAGACCUUGAGCAAGCAGUGUCUGGGCCCGGAGAACCUGCUUCCUUUUUUAAGAGACGAUCUGGAACCCUUUCUUGGUUGUUGUUUAUGGUUUGUUUUAAAUUUGUUGGUUUUUUUUUUUUAAAUGAAUUUCCAACAGACGUCUUCCUGGGCAACAAAGGAUUCCCGCAGAGCAGCUCCCAGCUGCCCUGGCGCGCGCUCCAACCGACCUGGGCUCCAAUCGAUCCAACGUAGGGGAGGCGCUGUGCUCGGAUGAGUUCCUCUCGGCAUUUGGAAGAAGGGGUGGCAGCAUCUGAACAUUGCAAACCCCGGUGCCUGGGGAGGGAAUCCUCCUGCACAAGCAAUAAUAACCCAACCCAACAGUCCCUUCCAGACAUACGGUUCUGUGCAGGCAUGAAUGCCACCCCAUUGGCGCUGAGCGGUAUUUCACCAAAGCACACUGGCAUUUGAAGCCAGAGAGCAGGCUGCUGGUUGUGGUGGCAGCAGAAACAGGAAGCGCCACCCCUGUGAGUAAUGGCCAGGCCUCAGCAGGCUCCGGGCCGAGCUAGCUGGCCUGCUCGC